CAGUAGAUUUACAUAGACACUAUGCCCAAGAUUGUUGUUAAGAACCCCGUUGUUGACCUGGAUGGUGAUGAGAUGACCAGAAUUAUCUGGCAGAUCAUCAAGGACAAGCUCAUCCUUCCUUAUCUUGAUAUUGACAUCAAGUAUUACGAUCUCAGUGUUGAGAACCGUGAUGCCACCAACGACCAGGUUACCAUUGACUCUGCCGAGGCUAUCAAGAAGUACAAUGUUGGUAUCAAGUGUGCCACCAUCACCCCCGAUGAGGCUCGUGUUGAAGAAUUCGGCCUUAAGAAGAUGUGGAAGUCUCCCAACGGUACUAUCCGUAACAUCUUGAACGGUACCGUUUUCCGUGAGCCUAUCGUCCUCAAGAACCUUCCCCGUCUUGUCCCUGGUUGGACUGAGCCUAUCAUUGUCGGUCGUCACGCCUUUGGUGACCAGUACCGUGCUACUGAUUUCGUCGCCAAGGGUCCCGGAAAGCUCGAGUUCAUUUACACUCCUGCCGAUGGUUCAGCUGUCCAGAAGUUCGAUGUCUACAACUUUGAAAACGGAGGUGGUGUUGGCAUGGCCAUGUACAACACCGAUGAGUCCAUCGAGGGUUUCGCUCACGCCUGUUUCCGUGUUGCCAUUGACCGCAAGAUGCCUUUGUACUUGAGCACCAAGAACACCAUCUUGAAGGCCUAUGAUGGUCGCUUCAAGGAUAUCUUUGAGGAGGUCUUCCAGAAGUCUUACAAGCCCCAGUUUGAUGCCCUCAAGAUCUGGUACGAGCACCGUCUCAUUGACGAUAUGGUUGCCCAGGUCUUGAAGUCCAACGGAAACUUUGUCUGGGCCACCAAGAACUAUGACGGUGAUGUUCAGUCAGAUAUCAUUGCUCAGGGUUACGGUUCCCUCGGUCUCAUGACCUCCGUUCUCUACACUCCCGAUGGUAAGACUGUCGAGGCUGAGGCUGCCCACGGCACAGUCACUCGCCAUUACCGUGAGCACCAAAAGGGUAACACCACUUCUACCAACCCCAUUGCUUCCAUCUAUGCAUGGACUCGCGGUUUGGCUCACCGUGCCAAGCUCGAUAACAACCAGGAGCUUGCUCAAUUCACACAAGAUGUUGAGCGUGCCUGUCUCGAGACUAUCGAGAACGACAAACAUAUGACCAAGGAUCUUGCUUUGAUUAUCUACGGAAAGAGCAUGACCCGUGAAAACUACUCCAGCACAGAAGAGUUCUUGCAGCAGAUUGCUGACAAGUUGGCUGCCAUUCGCACCCGUGCUUCCCUGUAAAAAGUCCAACCCAAAAUCCAAAAUCCUAAAAUCCCUCCUACCCAAGCCAAAAAGAAAAUCAGAUUUUUUUUUAUAUCUGAAUUUGUUCCAUACUUCUUCCAUUCCCCCCCACCCAUUUUAGAUCUUCGUUUAAAGAUCUCUUUAUUAUUAACAUAUAAAAAAAACUAUUAUAUAUAUAU